AUGGAGCUUGACACCCUCGGCCAGCAACCCCUCCUCAGAAUCUACACCCAGAUCAGCCUCUGCUUCCCUGUUGCAGAUCCCUCCCAACACUCCACCAUCGUCGCUACGCUGCAACAUGGCCUUUCACGCCUCGCACAGAGCUUCCCAUGGGUCGCGGGCCAGGUGAAAUGCGACGCCAAAGAAGGAAGCAGCGGUAUCUUCAGCAUCGUUCCAUUUGAGAAAGUCCCGCGACUUGUGGUCAAGGAUCUACGCGAUGACCCCUCAGCGCCUACAAUGAAGGGUUUGAGAAAGGCUGAGUUUCCAAUGAGGAUGUUUGAUGAGAAUGUCAUCGCCCCGAGAAAGACCUUGCCUAUUGGAGCGGAUUACUCUCCCGACGAUCCAGAGCCUGUGUUGCUUGUUCAAGUCAAUUUUAUUGAGGGCGGACUUAUACUCACCGUCAAUGCGCAGCAUGCUUGCAUGGACAUGAUGGGCCAGGAUGCCGUUGUUCGAUUGCUGUCAAAAGUCUGUCGCGGGGAGGAGUUUACGGAAGAAGAGAUAUCCACGAUAAAUCUCGACCGCAAGAACGCAGUCCCUCUAAUUGAGAACUACGAAGUCGGCCCCGAGCUUGAUCAUCAGCUCACUAAAUCUCCACCACCAACAGAGCAAUCGACGCCGCCGCCGGCGAGCUGGGUGCUCUUCUCAUUUAGUCCCCAAGCUCUCUCGGAGCUUAAAGACAAAGCGACGCAGAGUCUCGACCCAUCCACCAAGUUUAUCUCCACGGACGAUGCCGUCUCUGCAUUUAUCUGGCAGUCUGUUACACGCGUACGACUUGCCCGUUUUGCCCGUCUUGAUGCUUCCACGCCAACAAACUUCCGUCGCGCAGUGGACGUACGUGCUGCGCUCGAUGCACCAAAGGAGUAUCCUGGCAUGCUUCAAAACAUGACAUACUCAAUUUCCACGCUUUCACAAAUAGCCAAUGAGCCUCUGGGUGCAGUCGCGUCCCGUCUCCGUCGCGAACUCAACCCAUCGAGCCUACGUCAAAGAACCCGAGGGUUGGUGACAUAUCUUCACAACCAGCCAGACAAGUCAGUCGUGUCAUUGACAGCAGAUGCGAAUUCUUCAACGGAUAUCAUGCUGAGUUCGUGGGCGAAGACGGGAUUCUGGGGGUAUGACUUUGGGCUCGGUCUGGGGAUGCCAGAAAGUGUACGGAGGCCGCUCUUUGAGCCUUUUGAAUCGCUUGCGUACCUUUUACCCAAGAGACCGGAUGGGGAGAUCGCGGCGGCGUUGUCAUUUAGGGAUGAGGAUAUCGAGAGAUUAAAGGUGGAUGAGGAAUGGAUAAAAUAUGCACAGUAUAUUGGCUAG